GGCUUUUGCAUUUUCAAGCCAUGUGCUGAGCGGUCCAGCGGGCGCUGAUAGGCAACGUUAGGAUUAGCCAACAAAAUGGACGGAGACGUGGAUUCACAGAGACGCCGGAGGAUCGUGUUUUUGUGGGAUGUUUGAUUCGUGUGCGCAGCAGCAUAGAGCAGACUUGAAGCCGCAAGAGGAUGCUGGCGAGCGGCUAGGAACAUCGCCCGACAGACGUACGAACAGUCGCAUCGACGGGCCACAAGUGCCUGACGUCAAGCUGCGCCGAGCGGUCGGGUCCACUGGAGACUGAGACGUAUGCGAGCGCCGUGUCUGUCUUCAAAAGCCGCACACGCGCUCGUCUCCGCGAUCGUAUCUCGUCCUCUCCUCUCUACGAGGUCUCCCUCGUUCCGCUCCUUCCUGCGGCGUCGUCUGCAAUGUCGAAUGUGCCCCCAGGCAUCGUGUGCACAGCAGAGGAAUACGCUCUCUCUCUCUCCACAGAUGACAACCCCUAUCCGACCAUCACAUGUCUCACUCAUGGACAGAAUAUUGGCGUCCUGCUCACUGUAGAGGCUGCACUGAUCUCCCUGUGCUCGAUUGCAUUUCUCUUCACGCUCAUUAUCAGGAAUGUCUACAGACAUUGGACACAAGUGCCAUGGAAUAAGUGGAGACUUCUACAAGAGCCUAUGGACAUAUUCAUGAUGUCUCUCUUUUGCUCUGAUUUUCUGCAAGCGUUUGGAAUGGUCAUGAACAUCAAAUGGGUGCACGAGGCCAAGUUGUAUAGCGGGGAUUACUGUACCGCGCAGGGCGCCAUACAGCAACUCGGUGAGACAGGCGUGGCGAUGGCUACUUUCGUGAUAUCCGUGCACACGUUCAUUGCAGUCAUGUGGCGGAAGGGCACGCACUCCCGUCUCGCAGCCUUUUGCAUCGUGGGGUUCAUUUGGCUCUUCGUCGCUCUCUUCGUCGGGUUAGGCGUCGGACUGCACCGUUCGCCAGGCGACCUCUACGAUGUCCCUACACCCUUUUGGUGUUGGGUCGGAGGCCGUUUCUUGGCGGAGCGCAUCGCGGGCGAGUAUUUCUGGCUCUGGCUCGCCCUGUCCACGUCUCUGCUCGUCUACGUCCCGCUCUAUUUCUGGAGCCAGGGAAGGCUCUCCGUGGACCCCCACAAAUGGUGGCGCUUCCGCAUGCACCGGCCAAUGGUAGUAGAGGAUACUGACGGCAGGAAACGCCGCGCGAUGGCGAUGCUGGCGUACCCGCUCAUCUACGCCAUCCUCGUGCUCCCGCUGACCGUCGUCCGCUGGAUCAACUUCGGCCUCGAGGCGCACGGCACGGACGCCCCCUCCGUCUUCAACUUCGUCGUCAUCGUCGUCUUCUCGCUCUCGGGCGCCGCGAACGUCACGCUCCUGCUCACCACGCGCCCGCAGCUGCUCCUCUUCAGCAAGCCGAACGUCGUCGUCGUCGCCGAGGGCCGCGCGCCGUCGCCGAGCCCGAUCCGCCGCGGGUCGAGCAAGCCGAGCCUCGGCGACGCGAGCAGCCAGGAACCAAUGCAGCUCGGGCGCCUCAACGACGACAUGGGCUGGAAUCUGCCGUCGGGCCGCAUGAGCGUCGCGUCGUCGUACAUGAGCACUGAUAUGCCCUGA